GAAGAUAGCAAAGCUAAUGAGCCAAGCAGUGAACCUACGACCACAACAAGUGGUGAACCGAUGCAAGUGGAGUCCACCAUGUCUCAACCUAGCCUACCAGAAAAUGUUUCAGGACGAGAGGAAGAAGGACAUGUUUACACUGAAGCUGGUACGAUUGUGAUUAAACGAUUAUUAAUUGAUUGUACAUGAAUUGACAUGAUAGGCAGUUUAUUGUAGAACCUGGACCUCUAGGGAGGACAGUUUAGAACCGAUAGAGCUAUCCAGAAUAAAUAAAGUUCGUUUAGUUUAGGUUUCCUCCUGUAGUAACACUGGAUCAGUAAGAGGAGAUCUUUACUGGACCUCUAGGGUUUAAAACUGCUAGAGCUAUUCAGUAUGAAUGAAGUUAGUUUAGUUUAAUUCGGACUUGAAACCAGUCGAUUGAGUUUACUGUAUAUAUCAAACGUCUAUAUCAUUCACUAAGCAUUUAUUUUAAUCUAGGAGAAACAACCCAAAGAAACGAGGAAGGAACCAGUGUUCCAGAAACGCCAACUAACCAGACAACUGAUGAAACUAGACCGUCAGAAAUGCAUAUUGAACCAAGUAACAUCACACCACCCAGUGACCGACCUUCGGAGAUGCACUUUGAAGCAACCAAUGAUACCCCAGCCAGCCAAGCCAGCGAUGUUCAACAGCCUGAUCUCCCACCUGAACCUAGCCAUGAUAUUCAGCCCAGUAAUUCUGAAAUGCAAGUGGAGGCAAGCAGUGUGGUUGUGAGUGAGACCCCCACCCCCAGCCUUGUUCCCUGCCCACCUCAGGUAGCGGGCAUCAUCUCUGUAGCAGUUCCCGAAGUGGGAUUGUUUGUCACUCCGAAUCUUGAUACACCCACCCAAGUGUGCCCAGGAGCCCCCACCCGUGCUUUGCCUGAAACCCCUGAUCCAUCGGACCCUAACCUUGCCCCCACCCCACGGUCACCUGAUGAUGAUGAUUACAUGGACACUACUGGUGAUGGUUCGUCUCCAGCAGGUAAAUUUAAAACGCACCAUUCUAUCUUCAAGGCCAAGUGCUACCAAAUCUCCAAUUAAAUGUACUUUAACCUGUUAGCUCUACUUAUAUUGUUAAUGUUCUUGGAGAUCCAAGCCUUUUAUCAUUCCAGUGUUUCUGAACUGAACUAAAUUUAUUUACAAACUAAACUAAACUAACUUUAUUUAUACUGGAUAGCUCUAUAUCAGUUACGGACUGUUCUCCCUAGAGGUCCAAUAAGGAUCAUCUCUUAUUGAUCCAGUGUUGCUACAGGAGGAAACCUAAACUAUGCUAACUUUAUUUAUACUGGACAGUUCUAUCAGUUCUAAACUAUUCUUCCUAGAGGUCCAGUAAGGAUCAUCUCUUAUUGAUCCAGUGUUACUACAGGAGGGAACCUAAACUAUACUAACUUUAUUUAUACUGGAUAGUUCUAUCAGUUCUAAACUAUUCUUCCUAGAGGUCCAGUAAGGAUCAUCUCUUAUUGAUCCAGUGUUACUACAGGAGGGAACCUAAACUAAACUAACUUUAUUUAUACUGGACAGUUCUAUCAGUUUUAAACUGUUGUUUCUAGAGGUCCAAUAAGGAUCAUCUCUUAUUGAUGUUACUACAGGAGGAAACUUAAACUAAACUUUAUUUAUACUGGAUAGCUCUAUCAGUUCUAAACUGUCCCGUUCCCGAAACAGGUUCGGCCAACCACUGCAGAAGGAUUAUUGAUUUCACUGUUUUGUGUUUCUGUAGUAUUUCCAAACACCACCAACCCUAAUCAGCCAACAGCAGAAAGCCAACAUGCAGAUCCAACACAUGCCUUCACAGAAAGCCUUUCUCUAUUCACAACUGAAACACCGGAAACCAGCAGCGACACCCAGAACCCACCAGCCAUGAUCGAUGGAGUUCAAAUACCCGAGGGUGUCGAUCCCUCGUUCUUGGAGGCGCUACCCGAAGCGAUACGUCGUGAGGUUUUAGCAGAGCAGUUAGCUUUACGUCGUACGGCCGCUGCGUCGUCGUCUGGCCCUUCGACAUCAAGUGGUGGAGAGAACACGGGCACAUUGAAUGUCAGUCCUGAGUUCCUGGCUGCUUUACCUCCUGAAGUGCAGGAUGAAGUAAGUUAAUUUAUCACGGACAAUAAUAACGGACGAGAUAACAUUUAUACUGGAUUUUGGUUGUAUUCGGUUUUAUGCUGCUCUCGGUAGUGUUUUGCUUUCUCUAAUAAUUUCUGGCAAAGAGUUUCAUAUGAAAGCUCCGUUAUACAUGAAACUCUUUUGCAACGGUAAUGUGGUUGAGCUGUCACGAAGAUUAUGCGUAUAUAUAUAUAUAUAAAAAAAAAACAUUUAUUAACCGUUGUAUUACAACCAUUGCAUUUCUUUUCAUUCAGGUUUUACAGCAACAACGUUUGGAACAGGAACGACAGCGCGUGCGCACGAUGACGCCCGAAGAACCUAUAGAUCCGGGAACUUUCUUACGUAAUCUCCCGCCGGCAUUACGUCAACAAAUCUUGACCGACAUGGAUGACUCGCAGCUCAGUGUACUACCAGAGGACCUGUCCACCCAGGCACAGUCGCUACGACGAGAGUUUGAGGCCCGCCAAGCCCGACUUAUGCAGGAAAGAUUCGCCUUCAGUGGUGACAGUGAUGCCGCGUCCGCAAUAUCAGCAUUGCUCCGCAGAUCCGGCUACCCGCGUCGCGUUGGCCGUAUCGGACGCGGGGGUAGCUUACAGUUCUCGCGUCUCAUUCCCCCUGGCAGUGGAUGGGGCCGGGGUCCCGGGUUCGCAGCUGGACUUGGGCCAGGCAAGGACAAAAAGAGCACCAUCACUGGACGACAAAUACUCGAUAACGAGGCUCUUGUUUGUUUACUUAUCUUAUUAUUUGUCGACGAACCCAGGAUCAAUAUAAAUCGCUUACAUAAAGUAAUCAAAAACUUUUGUUAUCACCAAGAAACUAGACAAUGGGUAAUUCAAUCUCUUAUUUCUAUACUAAGAAGGACUAGUGGGCAAAACCCCGAUGGGAGUUGUGCCCCGGUGGUGGCGUCCAAUACACGGGGAAAAGGCCCGGGUAAGAAAUCCGAUACUAAAACCCGAGCGCUUGAGGAUCAACUUGGCGAAACAUCCCGAACAGUUCCCGAAGUCAUCCCGAGUAGUUCAUCGUGGUUAAACAUGAGUGUGGAUGCAGCACUAGGAUGUAGAGCGCGUAUAUUCAAUGUACAAAAAACUGGAAAAUCUAGUAUGGAUAAAUCAGCAAGUAACGUGUCAGUGAACUCUCAAGCGUCGUCUUUCGUGUGUAAACACGUGCUCGAUGCUUUGGCCGCUCUAGCAAAGAACUUCCCGGCAAGCUUUACGCCCGAGCAAGUGGCGAGUUGUGCAGAGACUGGUGCGAAGGAUGAGCCUGCGGUGAGCUCGUUGAAUGAAGCGGAAUUUUGGAACAUUUUAGUUCGACUUGAUGGAACAUACGGAGGCAAGAAAGGCAAGGUUUCUGCUAAGAAUACUUCAUGUAGUACACCUGUUAAGAACACGGACUUCAAUGCAUCGCCCAUAGGUUAUCUAAUGAGUCUGCUAUCUCAUCCAGUUAUACGUAAAAAUGCGAAUCUAAUGGACAGUUUAUUACGACUAUUAUCUGUAAUAUCUGCAUCGCUACCUGAUAAUGCUGACCAAACCAAGGCGUUGCCAAGCAACGGGCAACCCCCCACAGCUGACGUCACACGUCCUGCGACACCAUCUAACCAAUCAAUAGCCAGCACAGGUCGGGCCCAGACUCCUGAGUCUGUGACCUCGUCUCUCGUUGUCGAGACCUCGCCCCGGGGACUGGAACCCGAAACUGAUUCGGUCGACAGUGGUCCCACGACCGGGAGUAUACCUCAAGAAGUUGGUAACGAGCCAAUGGACGUCGAGGUUCAUUCAGUGACGUCAUCUGUGUCUGAUACUAAGACCCCCCAGUCCCUGGAUGUUGCCCCAACUGAUGACGUGAUAUCAGACACGGUUGUCAUGGCACCGCAGUUGAAGUUGGCAGUUGAGGUUUUGACAUCUGGAGCGUGUUCCGAGGAUGGUUUAGAAGACGCGACAACUCUGCUGUUGCAGGUAAUGGAUUGGUAGUGAUGUUUAUUUAUACUGAAUAACCAUAACAAUUUAAACUGUUCUCCGUAGAGGUCCAGUAAAGAUUUCCCCUUAUUGACCCAGUGUUACUACAGGAAGAAACCUAACUAAACUAACUUUGUAUAUACUGGAUAGCUCUAUCAGUUCUAAACUGUUCUUCUUAGAGGUCCAGUAAGGAUCAUCUGUUAUUGAUCCAGUGUUACUACAGGAGGAAACCUAAACUAAACUAACGUAUAUACCGGAUAGCUCCAUCAGUUCUAAACUGUUCUUUUUAGAGGUCCAGUAAGGAUCAUCUCUUAUUGAUCCAGUGUUACUACAGGAGGAAACCUAACUAAACUAACGUAUAUACUGGAUAGCUCUAUCAGUUCUAAACUGUUCUUCUUAGAGGUCCAGUAAGGAUCAUCUCUUAUUGAUCCAGUGUUACUACAGGAGGAAACCUAACUAAACUAACUUUGUAUAUACUUGCCAGCCAGUGUCACAGUUAGCCGUGGCAACUGGUCAUGCGAUGCUAAUAAAGCUGCAUGUAAAUAAACCAAAACACAAUACAUUUCGUAAGGUUUGAAUAAUGAAAAUCAUUAAAAAUGUUGCUAAGGUUAGCUUCGCCACUGUUGAUAGCUUUAUCAGCUCUAGACUAGAAUGUCGUACUUUAAUGGUCCAGUAUUACAAAAGAGGAAAGCUAGAGUACCAGUGUUUAGUCAAACUUGCCUGAGGCGAAAGUAAAUCAACCAGCAGCAAAUUGCUGGAAUUGAACCCUUCUCGCAGAGGUUAAAUGCACAUACAUAACCUUUGCUAUCAAGUGGAACGGCAUAGAAAUCCAUCUGGUAUAGUGUUUGAUAAUAUCUUAAAGUCGACUUUUGUCAUUGUAGGUAUCGAGAUUGAACUCAGAUACGCGUGAUGCUGUUUUGUCCUUGUUACUGAUGGGCGUGCGUGACCUCGGUAACGUUCUACAAGGCAACAUAUCGCGUUUACUUGAAGAACUGCGCACGUAUAACGCAACGCACGCCACGGUCACACCUAACGAGAAAGCGCAAAAGGAACCUCUCGAACAAGUUCUUGCUUUCCAACGCCUCAACCGACCUGUCAACACAGGAAACGCCGCUGCUCGCUUGUACAAUGAACCGAGGUUUGGGGUGGCGACUGGGAUGAGAGGUCGUCGACGUAAUCAAGGCCAAGGUCAACAACGUCAGAUCCGAUCAUUGACCUACGACCUUCAUCUCCCAGCCAUGGCCUCAUUCACAGAGAAGACAUCAAGUCAGAAUUUGUUCCUCCGUGGUUUGCGUGUGAUAUUGCAGUUGAGGGUGGCAGCGAGGAAAGCUGGUGCAGCUGCUAAGAAAGAAUUGGAAAAGAAGAAGGAACAAGGUAUGGUAUUAUAGAACCUUUGUACUUAUUGCACGCAACAAAAGAGUUUCUUAUAAUAAAAGAAAGUGGGGUUCUUGAUUCCUUCUGCUGAGUGGAGGUUUGGUUCAAAUUAUGCUCCAGAUGUCAUACUUGAGUUUAUUUUAAGGUCGACUGCAUGUUGUCUACAGUUGUUGUGUGGUGUGCAGGUUUGGUGUAGUGUAUGGUAUGGUGUAUGGUCUAAGGUCAAUGGUAUUGUAUGGUAUUGUUUGGUUAUUGUAUGAUUGUGUAUGCUAUGGUGUAUGGUAUGAUGUGGUGAAGUUUGGUAUGGUAUUGGGUAGUAUUUUAUGGUGUGUGAUGUGGUAUGAUAUGCUAUGGUUUGACAAUGGAUAACGCCAUAAAUUUUUUGUGUUUUCUCUUAUUUAGAAGCGAAGGAAACAGCUAAAGCGAAAGCGACGUCAAACGAAGGAAGUGCUGAAAAAGUAACGCCUGGUGAUGAUGCUGGACCUUCCGAAGGUAACUUGUCAGCUAACUAUAUCCAAUUAUUAAAAUUUUUCUGUUACAGCAAUUAUGUCGUUAUUUACAGAGGUAUAUGUUGGUUUUAUUUCAUAGUGAAAGACAACCAAGACUCGAAUGAUGAACUGACAAGAUUAAGCAGUCAGCUUGCUCUGGAGGAACUGUGGGACACACUGAGUGAGUGUCUAAGUGAACUGGCGCGUACUUCUGAUCGAAAUGCCGUCCUGGUCCUACAACCUGCUGUCGAGGCUUUCUUCCUUGUCCAUGGCACAGAGAAAGAAGACAGCCAAUCAAAUGCCGCCCAGCAAGCACGUGGUCGCCCUUCCGAUCUCGCAAGACUUGCCUCUAUACGAAGUAUUGAUGAAAUGCCCCCAUCCCCUGGGCCUACCUCCCCCGGAGGGUCUUUAAGUCCUACAUUACAGACAUUCCUGGCAGAUCUGCCCAUUGAUCAUCAGGUGUUUCUACGAUUUGCGGGUAAGUGUACUUAGUUUACUUAUAGUAAUGUAAUAGUAAUGGUUUUAAAUGUUCUUUUAAACGAGAAAAUAAAAAAAUAUAUUGCCAUUUCCCUUUAAGCAAUAACACUGCACCAAUAAUUGAUGGUCCUUACUGGACCUCUAGAGAGACCAGAUUAUUUUUAUAUUUUUAUUAUAUAUUUCGUUUCUAUGUACUAUUUAAAACACGAGAAGGAGUGAUUUGUCAGAGUUCAAGUGUUUUGAAUAGCUUAAAAUAAGACUACAAAAGAAUACUAGUUAGGAUGAACAAUUAUAUAAAGAAUACUAAUGAAGAUGAGUUUCAUCAGAUAUAAAGUCACUCCACGUGACAUAUUAUUGCUGACAUGAUUUGCCACAAGGUUUAUGAAUUUUUAAUGAGUAUUUUAAAUAUUUUUGUAUUGGUAAUAUUUCAGAAAUGCACCAAACUGUGCUCAAUCACAUUCUACGCCAGUCCACCACUCACUUGGCAGACGGUCCGUUUGCCGUGCUCGUAGACCACACAAGAUUCCUAGAUUUCGAUGUGAAACGUCGCUACUUCCGACAUGAGCUCGAACGCCUCAACGAAGGAGCGAUGCGUCGCGAUGACCUCUCGAUACACGUCCGACGAGACCACGUCUUUGAGGACUCGUAUCGCGAACUUCACCGACGAUCACACGAAGAUAUGAAAUCGAGGCUAUACGUCGUUUUCGAAGGCGAGGAAGGUCAAGAUGCAGGCGGGUUGCUCCGCGAAUGGUUCAUGAUUAUGUCCCGAGAGAUGUUUAACCCAAAUUACGCGCUGUUCAGGGUGUCCCCUGGUGAUCGAGUCACCUACCUACCCAACCCUAGUUCACAUUGUAACUCCAAUCAUUUGAGCUACUUCACCUUUGUGGGUGAGUGAGUCUGUCAUUUGUCUUCAUUCAGAUACGGAAGGUAGUCAGGUUUGUAGCAGAUACGGUUGGCGCAGCAGCCCUUAGUUAAGCCUUCUACCACAGAAUAAGCACUUACAGACGCCCAGAUUCAUGUCGAUCGGCGCCUUUAAUGUUAGCGUAAUCGGCCGCCAUGUUUCUAGCCAGUGCGCUAAGUAGAGGCCAUCACCCCCUGAAAACAUUUACAUUGGCCAGGCUGGCUAGACGUUCAGGGGGGCGAGUACACCUCUUUUGCCGCUAUCAUUGCUGCUAUCCGAAACACUGUGAUUGCCACUCCUCCAUCCCUUACAAGGAUCUUUUUGAGGCAAUGAAAAUUACUAAAAUUCUCCAAACAUUUGUGUUCGGUUUAGGUCGUGUCGUGGCCAAGGCAAUCUAUGAUAAUAAGUUACUAGAUGCGUACUUCACAAGAUCCUUUUAUAAACAUAUCCUGGGGAUACCAGUCAAAGUUUCUGAUAUGGAGGCCGAAGAUUACAGCUUCUAUCAAGGUCUGGUCUACCUCUUGGAACACGAUAUUGAUGAGAUUGGAGUGGAGUUGACUUUCAGCACUGAUGUAAGUUUAUGUAUACUAUUUAAAACACGAACAGGAGUGCUUUAUCAUAUAUAAACAAACGACGAUCUUAUUGGCGAAGUAAUUUUAGAAAUGGACUUUGUCUAAGCAGAGAAAAUCAAAGCUAAAGUUUACGUAAAUUAACGUGAUUUUUAUCACAUGUAAAGUACAGAUAAAGUUAUUGUUCAGGCCAAAAUUAGGAUAAUUCCUAAACAGGGCCGACGAGAGAAUUCGCGGGGCCCGGGGCAAAUCGGUUAGCACUAUUUUCCAUCCAGCAAACUGACCUGACGUCAUUUUCGCAAGAUAGAAGAGGUGUUAAAUGGCUAUGUAACUAACCCAAACCCUACCCCUACUCUAACCCUAACCUCAACCCUAACUCUAACCCUAACCCUAACCCUAACCCUAACCCUAACCGAAUUAAUAAAAAAAUCCAAAAAGAAACGACUUUACAAAAUCGAUAGGGCGGUUUGCUGGAUGGAAAAAAGUGCUAACUGGGCAAAUCUUCCCUGGGGGCCCCAUGACGUAGUUUUAAGCUAGACCCAACUAUUCCAACUAGACCUUAGCUAGACUGCAUGUGGAGGUACUGUAAGGGAUCCUCAAUUUCAAAACUUUUCUGACCAAUUUAAAGAACCUACUCAAUUUAGGCUCUCAGUCUCAAGUUGGGGCACUAUUAAGGUGGGGGCCCGGGGCGAUUUGCCUCCCACCCCCUCUCGACGGCCCUGCUCCUAAAAUGCAUAACAAAGCCUAAUUUCUCCUCUUUAUCGUUGCUUGACGAUAGAUUGAGGAAUUCGGUGUUUCUGAAGUGCGCGAUCUGAAAGCGAACGGUAGAAAUAUCCCCGUCACAGAAGACAACAAGAAAGAAUACGUUAAACUGAUUUGCCAAGAGAAGAUGACUGCGUCCAUUCGAAAACAGAUUGAAAGUUUCCUCAAUGGAUUCUAUGAAAUCAUUCCUAAGAGACUGAUCUCCAUAUUUGAUGAACAAGAACUAGAGUUACUUAUAUCUGGACUGCCAAACAUUGAUCUUGACGACUUGAAGGCCAAUACGGAGUACCAUAAAUAUAACGAGAGUUCAUUACAGGUAUGCAGUUGUAUUUCGUAUAGAGAUUGCUGUUUGUUCGUAUCGCUAACUGGCACACAUCGUUAAUUAAGUGGCGCUUGUCAAUUCCAAAUCUAUCUUUUAGAUCCAAUGGUUAUGGCGAGCUUUACGUUCAUUCGACCAAGCCGACCGUGCUAAAUUCCUACAGUUUGUGACGGGAACUUCAAAAGUUCCAUUGCAAGGUUUUGCAGCGCUUGAAGGAAUGAACGGUUUGCAGAAGUUCCAAAUUCACCGUGAUGAUCGCUCCACAGAUAGAUUGCCUGCUGCACAUACAUGGUAAAUAUCUCUUUGUACAUUCGUAGCCCUCGUUAAACUGGAAAAUUUGGAAAUCUGAGAAAUUUUGGGUAGCUCAAUGGGUAGCUAUCUUUAAAGGUUGAGUGUUAAUGCAAACUAAUUAUACACAGAAAAAAUUCAUGAUUACUAGAUUACAUCGAUAUCGAAGGAACUAGAUUUAGUUCCAAAAUAUCACAUACUCGAACCGACCUGACCGCGUAGCUCAGUUGGCAGAGCAUUGGGCUAGUAUUCCAAAGGUCGUAGGUUCGAUUCCCACCGUGGCCAGGCAUAUUUUUCAAGCUCGCCCGGUGUGGAUAUACACUCAGAGUAACAUCACAAGCUUAAUUAACAUAAUAUUGAUAAUCUUUUAAAAUUUUCUAGUUUCAAUCAACUGGAUUUGCCUGCGUACGAAACCUAUGAUAAACUGCGUUCAGUAUUGCUCAAAACUAUUCACGAGUGCCCAGAAGGAUUUGGCUUGGCUUAAAGCAAAAGCUGUUUAUUACCCAAGCUGUUUAUUACCCUCGCUAGAUGGUCGGCAAGUGAUCCUUUAUAAAAAAUUAACAUUACUUUGAAACAAACUAUUUUAGAGCAGGAAAAAAAUUUCUGAUUAUAACUUGGAUAAAAGAAAUCUCUCUCAAGAGACAUUAAAGAGAAUUGUUCUCAAAUAUGUAUAAAAUCACACCUCAAAAAUAUUUUUGGAACUCAUAGUUUGUGGAUAUAUAAACUCAUGUUAACUUAAAAUUCAUGGAAAAAGCGUUGUAGUAUGUUCAUGACAUUUGUCUCGUGUAAAUUUUUCGCAGCAAAAUUUCCGCACAUAUGUAUACCAAUAUUGUAAUGGUUAUCAGUUAUAACCGACGGGUUUUCACGACUGCAUAUUUUUUGCCUUUCACAAUUGUUAAAUGUUUGAAAUGUGAAAGGAACAGA